AUGCAGGACCGAUUCCAGACGGUCAGCACGGCGGAGUUUGUCAAGUGCUUCGCAUACAACUGCCUUGGAGCGCGCGUGUGGAUCCUGAUGGUUGCGGCUCCCGUCACCGUUGUGUUCACCUGGCUGACUCUGGAGCAGAGGCGUGAGCCAAUGGAGAUCUACAUUGACAGGGAGGAAUACUGGAAGCACUUCAAGGACUACUACUAUGGCGUCUACUUUGAUCACCACCACUACUCCCACAUGCUCUGCCACCGCCGUGCACACAAGUGGGGCUAUGCGGGCCAGGACAUCACUCUCGAGGGCCUCGCGGAGCUCACGCCUCGCGCGGCGCGCACGCCAAUGGCGAUGCCGCCGGAGCCGAGUCUGAGUGAGCCGCUGGUGCGCCUGAAGACCACCAGCCUGCAGAGUGUGGUGAGUUGGCUGCACAGCGUGGUUCAGGCGUUCUCCUCCAAUCUGGAGGCGGAGAAGCGCCUCUGGGAUUCUCAGGCGCAGGAGCUGCGUGCAGAGGGCCUGGAGCUGCGGCGGAGGGUGCAGGAUCUCGAGUCUGGCCGCGGGCCGGAUACGGGGCAGCGGCCGGAGUCCGUUCCGGACCUGGGCGAGCAGCUUCGGGAGUUGGAGCGGCGCCUAGAUCGGCACCUGGGGCGGGAGGAGCUGCGGCGCAGUUCGGCGGAGGAGAGGCUGUCUUCGGCGCGCUUGGACGGCCUGCAGCAAGAGAUCUCUGCUUGCCUCAAGGUGGAAGACAUGGACGCCGUGCGGCAGGACUUGAGGAGAAGCCUGGACACACUGGUAGAAGACAAGGCACAAGAGGUGAGCCUCCACUUAAAGCAGCAGCUGGCGGACAGCAGCGAGCAGCUGUCGGAGAUGCUGCAGGCCCACUCUUCCGCGCAGGGGGAGAGGCUGAGGAUUUGCGAGGAUCGCCUGGCCAAGUUGGCCUUUGGAGCAUUGCAGGCAACCGAGCCCCAGGAGGAGGAUCAGAGGAGGCCAGGCUCCACGGGCAGCGGCUGCAGCAACGCCGGGGGGGCCUCCGUGGAGUCCCGGGUGGCGCGCCUGGAGAGGAACUUUAAGGGCCUCGCCGCCUGGGCCUCCACCGGGGACGCCCAGCGCCUGGAGGAGGUGGCCGCAGCCGCCAAGCAGGCCCAGGCGGACGCCCGCCGCUGGAGCGAGCGAGUGCAGCAGCUUGAGGCGCGGCUCAGCCUUCCUGCGCCGGCGAAUUCGGCUCAGAGCGUCGAGCCCUUGGGCGACGACCGUGCCCUUGCGCUGGAGCGUCACCUGUACGAGCUGGACGCGGAGGUGCGGCAGUUGCAGGAGAAUCUCCCAUCGCGGAUCUCGGAGGAUGAGAAGGUCCACAGUGGCAUCCUCGAAGAAGUGCACAGGGAUUUGCUGGGCCCCGUGGCCGCGUCAAGUCGAGGCAGCCUCCUCCAGGCGAGCCCAGCCAGCCUUGUGGCAAGCCCUGAGAUGAGCGUUGAGGCAAAAGAGACUGCAGCUGAAGUUGCGGCUCUACGCACAAAGCUGCAAGCCUUGACAAAGCAGCAGGACGACAGGAGCUGGCACUUGGAGCAGGAGCUGCGAAAGCUGGAGCAAGAGUUGCGAAAGCUGCAGCUGCAGGUGCAGCUCGCUGGCGGCGCAGGCGAGGCCGGAGAGGGUCUCCCCACCUCUUCCCUGGCGAUGCUGGCGAGCCAUGACGAGGAGCUCAAGAACCUGGCCGCAAGUGUCGCAACGUUGGCAGCGCGCAAGGAAACCGCCCCAGACGCUACGGCCGGUGCAGUGCAGCGAGCGGAGCAGGCCGAGCGCCGUGUUGCCAGCUUGGCCAAUGAGGUCGCCCGGCUGGCGCAAGACUUGGCCAAGGUUGCGGGAGACCAGAACCCGCAGGAGUUGGAUAAGGAGACUCUGCAGGAUGUGCGGAAGGACUUGCUGGACAUGGGCAGCUUCCUGGAAGAGCCAGAGGACUCAACUGCAGCGGCUGCAGAUGCUGCGGCGCCUGCGGAGCCUGCGGCGCCGGCGCCAGCGCAGGAAGAUCCGCGCACUGAUCCCGAGGGCGUGCUGCAGCGGCUGGAGGCGCUCGAGGCGAAGGCGGCCGAGGCGCAGGCGGCUCAGGCAGCACAAGCGGCGCAGGCGGCCCCAGCCCAGGCAGAGGCCGCAACAGCUGGAGGCUGCGCGGAGGCGCAAAAAGCCCUGGAGAGGUGUGAGGAGUUGGAGCGACAGGUCAAGAGCCUUGAGAGGAGCCCUGAGGGCAAGGAUGAGGCUCAGGACAGUGGCCCGGCUCCGGUUGGAGGUGAAGAGCUGGCGAAGCAGGCCGUGUUGCAGGGCAACGAGGUGGCUGACUUGGUAGCAUCGCUACAGCAGUGCGGCUCUGAGCACGAAGAGCUGCGGAGUGAGGUGCAAAAGCUGAAGGAGAUGUUCGCAAAGGCUGACUCUGGCUCAAAGCAGGAGGCUGCAGAGGCUGAUGCUGCCACAAAGAAGCAGGAUGAAGCGGCCUCAAAGGAGCAGGCAGCAGAGGCUGAAGAUGCCGCAAAGGAGACGGCAGCAGAGGCUGAAGCUGCCGCAAAGGAGACGAGUGCAAAGGCUGAAGCUGCCUCAAAAGAGCUGGCAGCAGAGGCGGAAGCAACACAGAAGGCAGCGGAGGCUGAAGCUGCCGCAAAGGAGACGGCUGCAGAGGCUGAAGCUGCCUCAAAGGAGCCGGCAGCAGAGGCGGAAGCAAAACAGAAGGCAGCGGAGGCUGAAGCUGCCGCAAAGGAGACGGCUGCAGAGGCACGCUGA